AGCCGCAGAGAAUUUAGUGGGGAGAGGAAGAGUGGAGGGGACUACGCCCCGAGGUGGCCGACCCUCCCUCAAUCCCUUCGGGUCAAAGGAUCCGUCCCCUUUUACCCCCUCCUCACCACCACCCCCCGUGGGCCUGAGGGGCCCAUGCAGCCGUUAAGUUUGAAGGGAUCAGUUUCAGCUUUCCAAUCUAUAACAACAAAGUGCCAAAAAGAACAGUGAGUAGGACAUUUUCCAGGUUGGAGAAGAACUGUGCUGCCCCCAAACUAUGUAUACAGCUCUUCUUCCAGGGAGAGGAUAGUGGUAAAAGACCGAGCUGGAUGGAUGGGUAUGGGGAGAGGGGCAGCACCUACAGCCCUGGGAUUCUUGCAGACCCUCGUUGUCUUUCUCUGCAUCUUCCCUGCAGCCACUUCUCAGUGCAAGAUCCUCAAGUGUAACUCAGAGUUCUGGACAGCUACAUCAGGCACUCACUACCCCGGAUCUGAAGACACCCCUGAAUUCUGCACUGCUCUUCGUGCUUACUCUCACUGUACCCGGCGCACAGCCCGCACGUGCAGAGGGGACCUGGCCUACCAUUCAGCUGUCCAUGGCAUAGAAGACCUAAUGAGCCAGCACAAUUGCUCCAAGGAUGGUCCCACCUCACAGCCCCGGCUCCGAACCCUCCCACCAGGAGACAGUCAGGAGAGGUCAGACAGUCCUGAAAUCUGUCAUUAUGAAAAGAGCUUUCAUAAACAUUCAGCUCCCCCCAACUAUACCCAUUGUGGGUUGUUUGGGGACCCUCACCUCAGAACUUUCACGGACCGAUUUCAGACCUGCCAAGUACGAGGGGCUUGGCCUCUCAUUGACAAUAAUUACCUGAAUGUGCAGGUAACCAACACUCCAGUGCUACCAGGAUCUUCAGCUACAGCGACCAGCAAGAUGGAGAGAGCCUGGAAUCCCAGGAACAUAAAGUGGCUGGCUGAAGUUGCUCUUGGUCUCUGGGCUGGCCUAAGGACAGGGUUUAGAUCUCCUGCCUUGCAGGCCCUGCACCAUCCUCUGCCCACCGGAGUUUUGCUAACAAUCAUCUUCAAGAAUUUCCAGGAAUGUGUUGAGCAGAAGGUAUACCAGGCAGAAAUGGAUGAACUCCCUGCAGCAUUUGCUGAUGGCUCCAAGAAUGGUGGCGACAAGCAUGGGGCCAACAGCUUGAAGAUUACCGAGAAGGUGUCUGGCCAGCACAUAGAGAUCCAGGCCAAGUACAUCGGCACCACCAUCAUUGUGAGGCAGGUGGGCCGAUACCUGACUUUUGCCGUGCGCAUGCCAGAAGAGGUAGUCAAUGCGGUAGAGGACAGGGACAACCAGGGCCUCUACCUCUGUCUCCGGGGCUGUCCCCUUAAUGAGCAGAUUGACUUCCAAGCCUUCCAUGCCACAGAGAGCUGGAGUACCCGGAGAAAGGGACCUGGCACUCCUGUUUCCUCUCCACAGGUCUUUACUUAUGAGACAGCCACGGCCAGAUGUAAGGAGAAGCUUCCAGUAGAGGACCUCUACUUCCAGGCCUGCGUGUUUGAUCUGUUGACCACAGGGGAUGUGAACUUCACACUCGCUGCUUACUACGCCUUUGAGGACGUCAAGAUGCUGCAUUCCAAUAAAGACAAAUUGCACCUUUAUGAAAGGACACGGGACUUGCCUGGCAGUGCAGCAGCCUCAGGGCAGUGCCAGGAGCUCCUCCUUUCCUUUGUGGCCAUACUGUGGUGUUUGGUCUCAGUGUUCUCUUAGGUGUUUGCUGUGCAGCCUAGAAGAAAUAGACUUUAGAGUGGGAGGAGAGAGCAACCCCCUUCCUUGGGAACACCUGUCUUUUAGGACCUGGUCAGAAGGGAGGGGAAUGACUAGUGAGUCCUCCAGGGAGCAGAAGAAAUCUUCUCACAUCUCUGUCACCUGUCUUUUCCCUCCAAAGAGAAAAGAUGGGAAUGUAGUGAUCCAAUAGGCAGGUUGGUGAAAGACUGUUACCUCACAUAGACAGAUUUUUGCUUCCUUUGCUGGCAAGGGUAGCGGGCAUUACUGCCCACUGCCUAGUUACUGCUCUUAGUAGUGCUACGAGGCUGUAGUGACUGUGACGUUGGCAUUUGUGAAAGUAGCAUUGUGUUUGAAUACUGGGUGGCUGCUGUCACCUGGCCAUUUCACAAAUGGGAGUGAAAAAGAUCCUUUAUCCCCCAAACUCCUUGCCCCCCUCCCCAUAGCAUGAAUGUGCAAACCAUAAGACAUCCUGCACUGUGUGCCUCAUGGAACACUAAAUUAGACUCUUGUUUCUCAGAUCACAUACACAUACAAACACACACACACACACACACACACACACACACACACACACACUUUGAACAGCCAAAUGCAUGCACAUUUAAAAUGCACUGAAACAGUGGACAGAGAUUCACCCUGACAUGCACAGGUUUUUACUGACAGAUAAACACACACACACAUGCACAUGCACACACACACAGCCUCAUGAUCAUACUGAUGAAUACCCCACAGCCACACAGCACAUUUAUAGGCACUCAUACAUAAACACAGAAAUUUCAGAGGUCUUCCACUAAUGAGUUUCCUUCCUAUAUGCAUUCUCUCUCACGGUCUGCAGGGGUAUAGGGCCCAAGAAAAGUUGGGUUUGAGGAAAUCCUGGUGGUGCCUAACUAUAGGUGUGUUCCUUGUGUUGGUGCAUUUUUUGCCAUCUCCAGAAGGUGUUUCCUGUUUUUCUCUGCUCAUGGAUUUGCAGGUGCUGGAGGUGCUAAGAGCUCAAAGAAUUUGGUUCUUAUACCCAUACAGCUCACCCGAGCUUCCUGAUGGCAUCCCUAAGUGACAGUGUGUCAUGACAGAGAAGGAAACUCCAUUUGCAAACAGCAGAGAAAUAUGACUUGUGUUCUUAGAAGUGACUUAUAUUGUCUCCAGUAUACAGAAUCCUUUCCAUUAAUUCUCUCCCCCAGCGUGACUGUACAUAUGAAGAGAUAUAAUUGGUUUUAAAUGUUUAAACAGAAAAAGAUGUGUUUACUACUUCUGUUCCUUCCUAGUGUGGUGAUGGCAAGUGUUACUUGAGAGGGAGAUGUAGAGUAGGAAUACAGUAACAGGGCAAGCCAUGGAGACACCAUAGUGGAUAGGGCCAGCUGGCCUGCCCUGUUCACCUCCAUUUUCCUGUUUCCUGGCCUCAGAAAAUCAUUUGUUGCCUCUCUCCAUGAAAUGGCAGCCUUUCCUCUGCUUCCCUGUCCUACUGCUGCUGAAUUCUGGACCUCAGGAGGGCAGAUCUGACAUGUCUGCCCAACUGAUACCUACCCUUCCCUUCCCAUUGCCCUCCCCAAACGCAGGGUCCUUGGCUCCCUAUGGAGGUUGGAAUGGAAGGAAAUCUUCCUUGCUGGCCCUUCACAAUUUACUGUAGUGGGUGAGGAGAGGAGAAAAUCUCUCAACUCCUACAUCAGCCUGAACUUACAGCCAUCACCUCUACUUCUUCUAUAGAAAGGAUAUGAGAAUUUCUCUAAAUGUAGAGAGAUGGCCCUUGAAAAUCUGUGUUGGAAAAUGCAGCCUUUCAGAGGUGUCCCACAGAAAAGGCAACCCAGCCCAUGCAGCUCUGGGGCUGGCCUCUUAACUGGACCUCCCCCAGCCCCAGCCCAUAAAACACUUUACCCAGAAGGACUUUCAACAUAUCAGCCAAUAAGCAUUGCCAAGGGAGCUACCAACUGCCUUCCUGGAGGCUGUUCCCUUUAGGACCUCUCAUGCAUGGGCUCCAUGGGUCCAGGACCUUCCUGGCAGCAAGGACUUGCUUAUCUCCAAGAAGUUUAGUUCUCUCUGCCAAAGCCACCAAGCAUAGCAGGAAGGUAACACCUUCCUGCUCAUUGUAAGAAAAUCCUGUUGGGAGUAAAAAGUGAAGCACUUUAUUUUGGUUGUGUUUGAUCAAGUUCUGCUUGAAGGUGAAGAAACCUCACCAUGUCCAUGUGUGUAAAACCUAUGUGGAGUGUCACCGCAUGUACAUACUGUAAAUUAUUUAUUGAUGAGAUGAUGCAAGUAAAGUUUCAUUGUUCCUUUUCUUGCUCUCUUUUUUGGGGGUUAGCAUUUUAUAGCACCUUCCUCUUACGGCCUAAUUUCAUUUCCUAUCUGAGAAAAAAAAAAUUAAUUCAUUUCUGUGUAUGUGACUCUAUGUGUGUACCUAAACACAUAUGUGCAGGAUGUGUAUUUUGCAUUUUAUGGGCAUAUGUGUAUGUGGGGAAAGAGUUUGGGUGACUUGCUCUAACCAGCCAGACCCAUGAAGUCCUAACAUGACAAUCAUUGGUCCUUCUUUGAAACUACUUAUUUUCUUGAAAACAAACUACCUUUUGAAUUUCCAGUGUGAGGCCUCUGGUUACAUGAGCUAAUAGUUAUUCCUCUGGUAGUCUUUUGAGGAAUAUUAGUAAUAAUAAAAUGCUUUAUGGUUACAGA